UCUUCUUGCAUGGCGCUCCUCUCCAAAAUAUUGCGAUGGAGGGCGCGAUCGCGCGCGCGAUUCAGCUCUUCGGCAUCCGGCGCCACCGCUGCCGCGGCCGCCGAGGAAGAAUCUGUGGCGCGGGAGCGGCAGCCGGCGGGAUCAGCAGCGGGCAAAGCUAGGUCUUUUCUUCCCGGCGCUACAGUCGCGACACUGGCGAUGGUCGCAGUGCUGCAAGGAAAGAGAAUUUACGAGGAGAAACAGAUGGAGCUUGCGAUACAAAAUGGAAUCGAGCCAGAGUUUUCUCCAGACACCAAGGCCUCGUUUCUACGACUGUUGCCACUGCGCUUCAUCUCUCGUGUCUGGGGAUCGAUCUCGUCGAUUAACUUGCCUACGUGGUCACGACCUUAUGUGUACAAGGGCUGGGCUCGAGCGUUUCACACAGACCUGGACGAGGUACCUCUGUCUCUGGAGGAGUACUCCUCGCUUCGCGAGUUUUUUGCCAGAGGACUGAAAGCAGGAGCACGGCCGAUCGACACUCGAGAAAACUGUAUGCUGAGCCCUGUGGAUGGCAUAGUCACGAGGUAUGGCCGUGUUGCGCAACCGGGAGCGAAGGUAGAGCAAGUGAAAGGAUUUACGUACUCGCUGUCUGCUCUCCUUGGCUUUGAGCCGAAUCCGAUAAAGACUGCAGCGGCACCAGAAGAAAAGAAAUCGUCCCGAAGUAUAUUUACAUUCUGGCGGUCACCAGGCACUGACAAGCGGCCCAAGGAAGUGAGGCCCCCUCGCGCACUUUUCUAUUGCGUUUUGUAUCUGGGCCCUGGAGAUUAUCACCGCGUGCAUUCUCCUUCCAACUGGUGCAUAGAGAAUCGGCGUCAUUUCUCAGGAGAUCUGUAUCCUGUCAAUGCGCGUGCCGCCAGGACAAUUAAGAAUCUCUAUGUUGUCAAUGAGCGAAUUGUGCUGGAAGGGGAAUGGCAGGAGGGACUCAUGUCCAUGGCUUUAGUCGGAGCAACGAACUGUGGCUCGAUUGAGCUAAAGUUCGAGCCAGAUUUGAAGACAAACAUCCCCAAGGCAGAGUCGUCAAUCAAAGAAAACUGUGGCUACUGCAUAAGAAAGGGUGACGAGGUAGCCACGUUCAACCUUGGAUCAACUGUGGUGAUGGUGUUCGAGGCUCCAGGGGAAGUGGAAGAUCUUUUCAAGGUCCUAGACAAUCCUUACCAGGGCUUUAACUUCACAGUCGAGAAGGGCCAGAGGAUCAAAAUGGGCCAAGCGCUCGGUCAGUGGUAACCAGGUAACUUGAUACAAAUUUUGCUAGACAGGACUGUGAAUAGCUAGCUAGCUAUCUCAUGCGAGUGAAGUGCUUCUAAACUUUCAAACAAAUCUGGUUUCUAGUGCGCCUCUA